AUGUCAGACACGAUCAACGCUUCACCAACUUCGCGUGUCGACGGCGCCGAUGAACUAGCGGACGAAACUCAACAUGACGGGUACUUCGAUCGUGUCAGGAAACGAAAACGAAGCCUACGCAAAGGCACGCACAGCUGCUGGGCAUGCAAGCGACGCAAGGAGAAAUGUUCUUUCGACAACAGCGACGUCUGUACCGGUUGUCUACGCCGUGGUACCAGAUGCGUGAGCCAGCAGUUUGCCGACGAUGACGAACAAGCUACUUCUGUCUCCACCCCCUCUGCCACAGCCACAGCCAUGGCCACAGCCACGGCCAGCCGCUUGCAGCGCAUCGAGGACAUGGUCGUGCAGCUCACAUACCAGAUUCAAAACCUCAGCCAAACACAGAGCAACCCGCUACAGACGCCUGCCACAAGCUGGAGUCCGAGUCCAGCCCCACGAGCGACGCUGUCUCAGACGACACCACCAGUGUCGACGGCACAUUCUUCCUCGCCAGUAGCGGCAAACGAGCUGAUUGCUUCUACCGUCGGCUUAGCCAGGAUCCCCAAAUUACAGAUGCUCUCUCAAACCUUGCAUGGUUUGCUGCCCUGCCAUCAAGAUAUUCAGCUGCUACGCAAGGCAACUGCACGCCACCCUGUACUGUCGACACUUCAUAUCACCAUGUCAUAUGCUACUCUCCGCCGUGACGGAAUUCAGCCGACAGAUGGCGUCCUACGUGAGCCGCCUCUGGUGACCUCCGAACCUGUUCUGAUUGCAAAAUAUAUGCUCCAGGUUGCCGUCUUUCUGCAGGAAAUGCAACCUGCCAUGUAUCCAGAACUGCGCUUCCUGGUGGAGCCUGCUGUUGCGUUGACGGAACGUUGUGCCAACACGGCCAUGAGUCUCGUAACAAGGCAAGACGAGCUGCUCGGCUGCAUAGAGAGUCUAGAAUGCGUCGUUCUAGAGAGUGUAUACCAGUGCAACAGUGGCCGUCUGCGACUUAGCUGGAUGGCCGUGCAGAGAGCCAUGCUUCUGGCGCGGACGAUGGGACUUCAUUUAACAAAAAACAGCAACCCCCGGCGAGAGACGCUCCGUUCCCUCGAUUCCAGUAGUACACGCAUCGAGUUGCCCAAUAUCUGGUUCCGUAUCGUCCAUUAUGAUCUUCAACUCUCCCGCAUGCUAGGCCUCCCACCGGGUGCGGCCGAUGUUACCAGUAACAUCCUAUCCCCGUACGACAUGGCAGUCGAAACGCCUGAGGGAUACCUCGAGAAAGCAUAUCGCCACGUCAUGGUCCUUGCGCUGGCACAAAGGUCUUCCGGUGCCACCCCGCCAGACGUUCAGGCGACACAGGCGCUGGAUCAGGAGCUGCAGAGAGCCGCGAACAGCGUUCCUUGUCAAUGGUGGCUGCCACCAAACCUAGCCGAAAGCUCCAAGAGUGCGCUCGACCUGUUUUGGGAUAUGCGACGACUUCUCGUCCAGAUGCUCCACCACGAUCUACGAAAUCAGCUCUACGUCCCUUACAUGCUAGCCAAGGACGAGGCUGACAGACAGCGGUGUGAAAUGGCACGAAUUGCAUGUGUUAAUUCGUCCCGCGAAGUUCUCUCCCGUUUUAUCCUCUUACGACACUUCAAUUGGACAGCGUCCAGCUGCCGUAUCGCAAACUUUCUGGGUCUCAUGGCGGCCAUCACACUCGUGUUGGCCCACCUCGGUGGCAGUCGUCGUCUUCAUCCACCGAACCAAGACGAGAUCUCCUUCCAGGUAGAUAGUCUGCUCUCCCACCAAGCGCUUAGCGAUCGGGCCAUGAUAGAACAAGCUCUCGAAACCAUGCGACGCGUGAGCCAUUCGAGCGAAGAUGCACUCUGUGCACAAAGUGCCGAUGUUCUUCAUCGCUUACUGGACAUUGAAGCGAGUGGUAACUUUCACAUCGCCGAAGACAGCGCGUAUGUCAGUGUUGAAGCCCAACCCGACGACCAAACUGCUACUUCCACCUCAAUUUCUGCUCCCGGAAAGGGCGAUCGCAUCUUCAUACCUUACUUUGGCGACAUGCGGAUCAUGCGGCCGAAUAACAAUAAAGCUGCACACGAGAUAAGUGCAACAACGGUAUAUGAUGCUGGGGCUGGAGCGGAAGCCGGGUGUUCUCAAACCCAUGACGCCGUAGACCUGGUCGACCCUUUGCUGUUGGAUCUGCGUGAUGAGGAUUGGAUGUCGCAGAACAUCGAUAUGACAUUUCUAGAUGCCUUCCUAGAGGGGACGACAUGA